CGCGAAGCUCUCACUUUUCUUCUCACGCGCUCACUGCUGAAUGGACCACACCUUCUCUUGAGUUCUCCACAGCUCACACAAACGGAUAAAACAGACAUGGCCUUCCUCCAGCAGCCAACCCAGGUGGUGACAGUGAUGACCAGUACCCAUGGCCCUGGCACAUGGAGCACUGGCCUCUGCGAUUGCUGCAGUGACAUGGGAACCUGUUGCUGCGGUCUUUGGUGCUUCCCCUGCAUGCAGUGUCAGACAGCCGCUGACAACGGCUGGUGCUGCUGCAUGCCACUCCUGGACGUCUGCUGUGUGGUGUCCUGCCUGCUCCGCGCCUCCAUUAGAGAGCGCCACAACAUCCCUGGCUCGUGCUGUGACGACUGCUGCAAGCUCUACUGGUGUUACCCGUGUGUCUGGUGCCAGAUGAAUCGCGAGCUGAAGAUCAGGGGCAACCAGCGGGGAAACAGCACAGUGGUCACCACACAGGUCAUCAGUGGAUAGGACACACCUGUUGAGGGCACCUUCUCAUGCUGGUACAAAGCUGUACACUUAACCACAGCAGCAUUCCAUGUUCACCAACUUUAGUAGUUCAGUGGUGAUGUGCCAUUUUUAAUAGAUUUUUGUACUUAAUGUUGCUAAUAUUCAAAGCUUAGUUUGCACUGUUAAAGCCACUUAAAAUUUUGAAAGGUUAGUUUUGUCAUAUUAAUUUAACACAUAUCACAUUUUUCUGUCGAAAGACGCUGAAACUCUGCAGUUGAAUGAAUCUUAAGGAGUCUUGAUCACAAAUGUUUAGCUGUUUCUCACUUUUCUUACCUUGUAAAAGUUUAUUAAAAUGGAUAAAAGUU